AAAAAGUGCGGCGGGGCUGUGAGUGCGGCCAUUCGGCGAGUGGCAGCCCGAGGCAGAGCAGCUUUGAAGCCCGGCGGGGCUGUUGGAAGGGAUCGGUACUGGGGCAGCGCUGAGCUCGGACUCGCAGCUGAGGGGGCGACAAACUCCGGCAAUUCUUGUUCAAAGUUUGGGACUAAAGUUUCACACAGCCGGCCAUGGAGCAGCAAGAACCGGCCGCUAACGGCCAGGAGGACGGGGAGAUGCCGGCCACCGAGAAGGACCUGGCGGAGGACGCGCCCUGGAAGAAGAUCCAGCAGAACACAUUCACCCGCUGGUGCAACGAGCACCUCAAAUGUAUGAACAAGCGGAUCGGCGACCUGCAGAAGGACCUGAGCGAUGGGCUGAAGCUGAUCGGACUCCUGGAGGUGCUGAGCCAGAAGAAGAUGUACAGAAAGUACCACUUGCGGCCCAACUUUCGCCAGAUGAAGCUGGAGAACGUGUCGGUGGCUCUGGAGUUCCUGGAUAGAGAGAGGAUUAAACUGGUCUCCAUCGACAGUAAGGCCAUUGUGGAUGGGAACCUGAAGCUGAUCUUGGGCCUGAUCUGGACCCUGAUUCUCCAUUACUCUAUCUCCAUGCCCAUGUGGGAGGAUGAGGAUGAUGAAGAUGUCAAGAAGCAGACGCCCAAGCAGAGGCUGCUGGGAUGGAUCCAGAACAAAAUUCCACAACUUCCGAUCACCAACUUUAACCGGGAUUGGCAGGAUGGCAAGGCACUGGGGGCAUUGGUGGACAACUGUGCCCCAGGUUUGUGCCCUGACUGGCUGGACUGGGACCCAAACCAACCUGUGGACAAUGCCAGGGAGGCCAUGCAGCAGGCUGAUGAUUGGCUGGGAGUCCCUCAGGUGAUUGCCCCUGAGGAGAUUGUGGACCCCAAUGUAGAUGAACACUCGGUGAUGACCUACCUCUCCCAGUUCCCCAAGGCAAAGCUCAAGCCUGGUGCCCCCCUCAGGACCAAAAUCAACCCCAAGAAAGCUCGUGCCUAUGGACCAGGAAUCGAACCCCAGGGUAAUGUGGUCCUAAAGCCGGCAGAGUUCACAGUGGAGACAAUCAAUGCUGGCCUUGGGGAGGUCCUGGUCUACGUGGAGGAUCCCGAAGGCCACACUGAGGAGGCGAGAGUCAUCGCAAACAAUGACAAGAAUCGCACGUACUCCGUAUCCUAUGUACCCAAAGUUGCUGGACUUCACAAGGUAACAGUGCUCUUUGCUGGGCAGCAGAUUGACAAAAGCCCUUUCAAUGUUCACAUUGGUAUGGCGCUGGGUGAUGCCAAUAAGGUGACAGCCCGAGGACCUGGCCUGGAACUGAAUGGGAAUGUGGCAAACAAGCCAACUUACUUCGACAUUUACACUGCAGGUGCUGGAUCGGGAGAUGUUGGGGUUGUUAUUGUUGAUCCCCAGGGCCGACGAGACACAGUGGAGGUGAUCCUGGAGGAUAAAGGUGACAGUGUUAUGCGCUGUACCUACAGGCCGCUGCUUGAAGGCCCUCACACCAUUUACGUGACCUUCGCUGGGGCCAUGAUACCCAAGAGCCCUUUCACUGUCAAUAUUUCAGAAGCAUGCAACCCAAAUGCAUGUCGUGCCUCAGGGAGAGGUCUUCAGCCCAAAGGAGUGCGAGUGAAGGAGGUGACCGACUUCAAAGUCUUCACCAAAGGAGCAGGAACGGGCGAACUGAAGGUUGUCAUCAAAGGACCCAAGGGCACAGAGGAGUCUGUGAAGGUUCGGGAUGUUGGUGAUGGUGUCUAUGAAUGUGAAUAUCACCCAAUGAUUGGGGGGAAAUACGUGGUGACCAUCACCUGGGGCGGUUAUGCCAUUCCGAGGAGCCCUUUCGAGGUGCAGGUUGGACCAGAAGCUGGUGCCCAGAAGGUGCGAGCCUGGGGGCCAGGCCUGGAGACUGGCGUUGUGGGCAAGUCGGCUGAUUUUGUAGUAGAAGCGAUUGGAACUGAAGUUGGGACACUGGGUUUCUCCAUUGAAGGCCCUUCUCAGGCUAAGAUCGAAUGUGAUGAUAAAGGGGAUGGGUCAUGUGAUGUGCGAUACUGGCCCACUGAGCCUGGUGAUUAUGCAGUGCAUGUGAUCUGUGAUGAUGAAGAUAUUAAGGAUAGUCCGUACAUGGCUCACAUCCUCCCUGCAAACAAUGAAUGCUUCCCAGAGAAGGUGAAGGCUUUUGGCCCUGGUCUGGAACAGACUGGCUGCAUCGUAAACAAACCAGCAGAGUUCACCAUUGAUGCUCGGGCAGCAGGCAAGGGUGAACUCAAAAUCUAUGCACAGGAUGCAGAAGGUGUUCCCAUUGAUAUCCAGAUCAAAGAUAACCGAGACAACACGUUUAUGUGUGUGUAUGUGCCUCGGAAGCCCAUCAAACACACCAUCAUCAUCAGCUGGGGUGGCGUCAACAUCCCAAACAGUCCUUUCAGGGUAUCUGUGGGUGAAGGCUGUCAUCCACAGAAAGUCAAGGUGUAUGGACCGGGUGUGGAGAAAACUGGACUCAAGGCCAAUGAACCCACAUAUUUCACUGUGGACUGUAGCGAGGCUGGACAAGGUGAUGUGAGCAUCGGCAUUAAGUGUGCCCCGGGAGUCGUGGGACCUGCUGAGGCCGACAUCGAUUUUGACAUCAUUAAGAAUGACAAUGACACUUUCACAGUGAAGUACACCCCUCCAGGACCAGGGCGCUAUACCAUCAUGGUGCUGUUUGCUGACCAGGAAAUUCCCAUCAGCCCAUUCCGUAUUAAAGUGGAGCCAUCACAUGAUGCGGGCAAGGUGAAGGCUGAAGGUCCCGGGUUGAGUCGGACUGGUGUUGAGGUUGGGAAACCCACUCACUUCACUGUCUACACUAAGGGAGCUGGCAAAGCCACACUGGAUGUGCAGUUCACCGGAGCUGCAAAGGGAGAGGCUGUCCGUGACUUUGAAAUCAUCGAUAACCACGACUACUCAUACACUGUGAAAUACACUGCCGUGCAGCAGGGUAACCUGCUGGUAACGGUGACCUAUGGGGGUGACCAGGUUCCAAAGAGUCCGUUCACCGUGAGUGUGGCUCCGCCUCUCGAUCUGAACAAGGUCAAAGUUCAGGGACUGAACAAUAAGGUUGAUGUCGGGAAGGAUCAGGAAUUCAGCGUUAACACUCGAGGUGCAGGAGGUCAGGGAAAUGUCGAUGUGAAAAUCACCUCUCCAUCCCGCCGUCCUAUCCCAUGCAAGGUGGAGACAGAUUCCACCAGUGACAUUCACUCGGUGAAGUACAUGCCUCCUGAGGAGGGGCCAUACAAAGUGGACAUCAGCUAUGAUGGGCAUCCAGUACCUGGAAGCCCCUUCACAGUGGAGGGGGUCAUGCCCCCUGACCCCACCAAGGUUCGGGCCUAUGGGCCAGGCCUCAAAGGUGGCGUGGUUGGAAAAGCUGCUCCCUUUGCUAUUGAUACCAAGGGUGCUGGCACUGGAGGACUUGGUUUGACUGUGGAAGGUCCUUGUGAAGCUAAGAUUGAGUGCCAGGAUAAUGGUGAUGGUUCCUGCUCUGUCUCGUACCUUCCUACAGAACCAGGCGAAUAUACGGUCAAUAUCCUGUUUGCAGAGGCCCACAUUCCAGGAUCUCCUUUCAAAGCGGACAUCAAGCCGCUCUUCGACCCCAGCAAGGUCACUGCCAGCGGCCCAGGUCUAGAGCAUGGUAAAGUGGGUGAGGCGGCAACUUUCACUGUGGAUUGUUCCAAGGCAGGGGAGGCUGAGCUGACCAUCGAGAUCAUCUCCGAGUCUGGUGUGAAAGCUGAGGUUCACAUUCAGAACAACAGCGAUGGGACCUUCGGCAUCACCUACAUCCCACCAUUCCCCGGCAUGUAUACUAUCACCAUAAAGUAUGGCGGGCACGCGGUGCCCAAAUUCCCAGCCUGCGUCAGGGUUGAUCCAGCUAUCGACACCGCAGGGGUGAAGGUGUUUGGACCAGGAGUUGAGCCUCGUGGGGUACUCCGGGAGGUGGUCACAGAGUUCACUGUGGACUCUCGAUCUCUUAACAAGACUGGUGGAAACCACAUCAAGGUUCGUAUUGCCAACCCAUCUGGAGCCAAGACUGACAGUUAUAUCAAAGACAAUGGUGAUGGAACGUACCAUGUGGAGUACACAGCUUACGAAGACGGAGUACAUAUGAUUGAAGUGCUGUAUGAUGAUGUCCCACUCCCCAAGAGUCCAUUCAGAGUCGGAGUCACGGAAGGCUGCGAUCCAACUCGUGUGCGGGCCUAUGGGCCAGGCCUAGAAGGAGGCCUAGUCAAUAAACCCAACCGAUUCACAGUGGAAACCAGGGGAGCGGGCACUGGAGGCCUCGGAUUGGCCAUCGAGGGCCCCUCAGAGGCGAAAAUGUCCUGCAAGGACAACAAGGAUGGGAGCUGUAGUGUUGAGUACAUCCCCUUCACCCCUGGAGACUAUGAUGUCAACAUCACGUUUGGAGGACACCCCAUUCCAGGCAGUGCAUUCCGUGUGCCAGUGAAAGAGCUGGUCGAUCCAAGCAAAGUGAAGUGCACAGGCCCUGGGCUGGGCACUGGGGUACGGGCACAUGUACCCCAGACUUUCACUGUUGAUUGCAGUAAGGCUGGGCUGGCACCUCUCAAGGUGCUGAUCCUUGGGCCCACAGGUGUAUCGGAGCCUGCGAAGGUUAUCGAUAAUGGAGAUGGGACGCACACCGUUCACUACACCCCUGCCAUGGACGGUCCCUUCACUGUCUCGGUCAAAUACGCAGAGCAGGAGGUUCCUCGCAGCCCCUUCAAGAUCAAGGUUCUGCCAACUCACGAUGCCAGCAAGGUGCGAGCAAGUGGGCCAGGACUCAAUGCCGCUGGAGUACCAGCCAGUCUCCCAGUCGAGUUCACAAUUGAUGCCAGGGAUGCUGGAGAAGGACUGCUAACUGUGCAGAUCAUUGAUCCUGAGGGAAAACCGAAAAAGGCAAAUAUCCGUGAUAAUGGAGAUGGGACGUACACUGUGUCCUACCUACCGGACAUGACUGGGCACUACACCAUCACCAUCAAGUAUGGAGGUGAUGAAAUCCCCUACUCACCAUAUCGAAUCCAUGCUAUACCAACUGGAGAUGCCAGCAAAUGUCUGGUAACAGUGUCCAUCGGCGGCCAUGGAUUAGGGGCAGGACUUGGUCCAACCAUCCAGAUCGGCCAGGAGACGGUUAUCACUGUGGACGCUAAGGCUGCUGGCAAAGGGAAGGUCACCUGUAAGGUCUCGACCCCUGAUGGAGCUGAACUGGAUGUUGACGUGGUGGAGAAUCGAGAUGGGACAUUUGACAUCUACUACACAGCACCAGAACCUGGCAAAUAUGUCAUCACCAUCCGCUUCGGCGGAGAGCUCAUACCCAACAGCCCCUUCCAUGUGGUGGCCUGUGAUGCCAUUCCCACCAUUGAGGAGCCUUGCGAUAUGUUGCAGCUACACCAGCCCUACAUGCCUUCCCCUGCUGGCUAUCCAACACACUGGGCUACUGAGGAGUCUGUUGUUCCAGUUGAUGUUCUGGAUCAUGGCCUCCGGCCGUUCAACUUGGUCAUUCCUUUCACUGUCCAGAAGGGAGAAAUCACAGGUGAAGUCCGGAUGCCAUCUGGUAAAACUGGCCGCCCAAAUAUUACUGACAAUAAGGAUGGAACCAUCACGGUGAAAUAUGCUCCCAUCGAGAAGGGGCUGCACGAGAUGGACAUCAAGUAUGAUGGGAACCACAUCCCAGGUAGCCCACUGCAAUUCUACGUGGAUGCCAUCAACAGUGGUCAUGUGACUGCAUUUGGUCCUGGUCUGAGCCAUGGAAUGGUCAACAAACCUGCAACAUUUACCAUAGUCACCAAGGAUGCUGGAGAAGGUGGACUCUCUCUUGCUGUGGAAGGCCCCUCUAAAGCUGAGAUCACGUGUAAGGACAAUAAGAACGGGACCUGCACUGUGUCAUACUUGCCCACUGCCCCUGGAGAUUACAACAUUAUUGUUCGAUUUGAUGACAAGCACAUUGCGGGGAGUCCCUUCACUGCAAAGAUCACUGGUGAUGACUCGAUGAGAACAUCGCAACUCAAUGUUGGCACAUCAACUGAAGUCUCACUGAAGAUUACAGAGACUGACCUCAAUCUACUCAAUGCCAGCAUAAAAGCUCCAUCAGGCAAUGAGGAGCCCUGCCUGCUGAAGAGACUGCCCAACAGGCAUAUUGGUAUUUCAUUCACCCCAAAGGAGGUAGGGGAGCAUGUGGUGAGUGUGAAGAAAAACAGCCGGCACGUUACAAACAGCCCUUUCAAGAUCAUGGUGGGUGCCUCCGAGAUUGGUGACGCCAGCAAAGUGAAGGUUUCUGGGAAGGGCCUGGUGGAGGGUCGAACGUUCGAGGUGUCAGAAUUCAUUGUGGAUACGAGGGGUGCAGGUUAUGGAGGACUCGGUCUGUCUAUUGAGGGUCCCAGCAAAGUUGACAUUAAUUGUGAGGAUCAGGAGGAUGGAACAUGCAAAGUGACCUACUGUCCAACUGAACCAGGCAACUACAUCAUCAACAUUAAAUUUGCUGACCAUCAUGUGCCAGGAAGUCCUUUUACGGUGAAGGUAACAGGCGAAGGAAGAAUUAAGGAGAGCAUCACCAGGCGACGCCAGGCUCCUUCCAUUGCAACCGUGGGCAGCACCUGUGACCUCAACUUGAAGAUUCCAGGAAAUUGGUUCCAGAUGGUGUCUGCACAGGAGCGUUUGACUCAGACCUUUACGCGUAGUAGCCACACCUACACACGCACUGAGCGGACAGAGAUCAGCAAAACCCGGGGUGGAGAGACCAAAAGAGAAGUCCGAGUAGAGGAGUCCACACAGGUCGGAGGAGAUCCUUUCCACAAUGUGUUUGGCGAGUUCCUGGGCCGUGACAGCCUGGGCUCCUUCAGCAACAUCCCACGGGCCGAAGUGGAAGUUGGGGCCCAGGAGAUGACAGCACAGGUCACCAGCCCAUCUGGGAAGAUGAAUGAAGCUGAGAUUAUCGAAGGAGAUGACAGCACAUACAGUGUGCGCUUCAUACCACAGGAGAUGGGUUCACACACUGUCAACGUCAAGUAUCGAGGCCAACACGUCCCUGGCAGCCCCUUCCAGUUCACGGUCGGCCCACUGGGUGAGGGAGGGUCUCACAAGGUCCGUGCUGGGGGUCCUGGUUUGGAGCGGGGAGUCGCUGCAGUGGCAGCUGAGUUCAGUAUCUGGACCCGUGAGGCUGGAGCCGGUGGCCUCUCCAUUGCUGUGGAAGGCCCAAGCAAAGCAGAAAUCUCAUUUGAGGAUCGUAAGGAUGGAUCAUGUGGCGUUUCCUACAUUGUACAAGAACCCGGUGACUAUGAGGUCUCCAUCAAGUUCAAUGACGAACACAUCCCUGACUCUCCAUUUGUUGUUCCAAUUGCCUCGCCCUCAGAUGCUGCCCGUAGACUCACAGUAACCAGUCUCCAGGAGUCGGGAUUACAGGUCAACCAACAGGCCUCGUUUGCAGUUCGGCUGAAUGGAGCAAGAGGGGUGAUUGAUGCGAAGGUUCGGACCCCAUCUGGGUCGGUGGAGGAAUGUUAUGUGUCAGAGGUGGACGCUGAUAACUUCGCAAUCCGCUUCAUUCCACGUGAAAAUGGUGUCCACUCAAUAGAUGUCAAGUUCAAUUCCAGCCACAUCCCAGGCAGCCCCUUUAGGAUCCGUGUGGGAGAGCCAGGACAAACUGGGGAUCCUGGCCUAGUCUCUGCCUAUGGCCCAGGGUUGGAAGGAGGAGUCACAGGGGUCCCCUCUGAGUUUAUUGUCAAUACGUGUGAUGCUGGGGCUGGUGCUCUUUCUGUCACCAUCGAUGGCCCUUCCAAAGUGAAGAUGGAUUGCCAGGACUGUCCUGAGGGUUAUAAGGUCACGUACACGCCAAUGGCCCCUGGAAACUACCUGAUCUCCAUCAAAUACGGUGGACCUCAGCAUAUCGUUGGGAGUCCAUUUAAGGCCAAGGUCACAGGUGUCCGCCUUUCGGGAGGUCAUAGUUUACAUGAGACGUCCACUGUUCUGGUUGAAACAGUCACCAAGUCAGCCUCGGUUGGCCGGUUUGGAGCAAUGCCCAAGUUUGCAUCUGAUGCCAGUAAGGUGGUAGCUCGAGGGCCUGGCCUGGCCAAGGCUUUCAUUGGGCAGAAGAACAACUUCACCGUGGACUGCAGCAAAGCAGGAACCAACAUGUUGAUGGUGGGAGUUCAUGGUCCGAAGACUCCCUGUGAGGAGGUGUAUGUGAAACAUGAGGGGAACAGGGUUUAUAAUGUCACAUACACGGUGAAGGAGAAGGGCGACUACAUACUGAUCGUGAAGUGGGGAGAUGAGAGCGUGCCUGGCAGCCCUUUCCAUGCCACUGUCCCCUGAGCAGCUGAUCAACCAAUGGAGUCUUCGCGCACAUCUCGGAGGAUCCAAAUUCUCAAAUUCACAAUUUAACUUAAAAACCAAAGUACAGCCUGCUGAUGGGGGUGGGUGUUGGGUAUCUCUGUGGGGGCGGGGGGAAAAGCUGCACACCAAACAGAUUUGAAAACUGCCUGAAUUUGCUGUAACGAUUAGCAAUUCCUUCUCUUUUUUGUAAGAGUUUCCCUAGUAACUCAAAGCUGUUGAAAUAUUUUUGUAUGUUUUUUUUGGAGGGUGUUGAAGGAGUCAGUUUUGGGCACAGUGUCUGUCUCUGCACCCCCACCCGUGGUGCUCCAGCCAUAGGCUGACCUACUGUAACUCCUCGUGGGCAGAGUAUGAGCACUUCACCUGUAAGUUAACUUUCAGCUCCUGUGACAGGAGACUCAGCUGUCAGAACCUGUUCAGGAUUUUGUUUCAAAGGUCAUUGUCUGCUCCCCAGUCCAAUGGGCCAUUGUGGUGAUGCUGGGGUGGGGUGAGCUAUCAGGUGGUGUCUCCACCCUGGGCCAGUCAUGUAGCACUGCAUGGAGCUAUGGGAUUUGCCUCAGGACCUGGGUGUUCGUAAAGGGGUUCCCCCUAAAGAAUCCAUCAACACAGGUUAUUUUAAUCAACACUCAGUCCUCCCCUUCCUCUGUCCCUCUUCACUUGAUGGUCACUCGAUGGUUCCCUCACUCUUCAGCAUGACCCUGACCUGAUACUGAUCUCUUGACCUGCACUGACACAGUUCAGAGAAAGAUGAUUGGUUGUUGGACUGUGGUGCUCAUGAAAACAAGCUAGACCGUGUGAUGGUGACCUGUGGGUGUGCCCUUGGAUGUGGGUGGCAGUGUUUGAAGUUGUUAUGCUGUCCAUUUCUAGAGAACUGUAUGAAAGUGUUAUGCCUAUGUGUUUGGUACAUUUAACCUAUGUCUGAUAAGAAACUGCAGAACAAUAAAAUAUACCUGCUAA